CUCCAUCCUAUUAUUAAUUAUAAUUGCUUAAGCAAAGAAAUGGAUCAAAAAUGAACAAUUCUAAGAAAAUCUACUUAAACUAUUUACUUAAUAAAGCUAAACAAAUUUUUAAAGAAAAAAACAGAUAAUUUAAUUUUUGUAAAAAAACCUUAGUUUUUGAGAAAUAAGUAAAAGAGACUUAAAGUUUGUAUGAAUUAUGCCUUAACUAAAAAUUAAAACUCCUUUAAGUUAUUAACAAUGAUGAAAUAAAUAUAAAAUCACUUUACAAGAUAGGUACGAAUCUUUUAUAAUAAAGAAAUCAACUAAAAGCCUAAAUCAGAAAUUUAUCCAUGAUGAACAAAUUUAACCCUGAGUUAAAAGAAAUAAUAAAUGGUUUCCUGAUUAGUCUUUCUUUUUUAGACACCAAAGAUAAUUUAGUUAAUUAUAACUAUAACUCAUCCAAUUUUUCAAAUGAUUCCUCAGAAUCCAUUUACAGCAUUGAAUUAAAAAACGAGUCUGAAACAACUUAUUUCAAAAACGAAAGUAUUAAAUCUUAUUACAAAACUUGUGUAGUAUUUUUUAGCAUUCAACAAGGGGAAAGAGGGAAGAUUUUAGCUACUUCAAAUAACUUUGAAUCUAUAUUUGGAUUUCAGAAUAUAAUUUCUCAAGAUAUAAGCAUAAUUUUUCCAUCUAUUAUGAUACAAAAAUUCGAACAAAGAAUAGACAAUAUGACAAACAUGGUAAAUUAUGAAAAUAAAUAAGAUAAAUAAAUUAAAAUGCUUUUAUGCAGAACAAAUAUAGGACUGGGAAUACCUAUAAUUCCUAGAAUGUUCUUAGACUAUAUACCACAUCUUGAUAUGUUUGGUAUAAUAAUUAGAUUGGAAGUUUCUAACAACACUAACUAUUUUGCACUCUUUAGCCCUUAAAAUUUCUAGUUAAAUUUAGUUAACACAGUUUUUUAUUCUGAAUUUAUGAAAAAAUACUUCAAAGUUUAAGAAAUUUCAACUAUUUAUUUUUCUAAAUUGGUUCCAAUUUCUAUAUUCCUAAAACAUUCUCGAAUCUUAAAAGGCUCUCCAUUUAUUGAUACACUCUGCUUCCUCCCAAAUAAGCAGAAUAACCAAGACUCAUUUUACUUCAAAACUCCUUUAACAAUUCAAGACCUAUUAGAAUAAAAGAUCUCUUAAAAUUCUCUAUAUUAAUUUGAUUUUUACAAGAUCAGAUUUUAUGUAAAAGAAGUAGAAAAUUAUGAAGAUGAACUUUUACUUUGUGAGAUAUUUUCUCUUAAAAAAAUAAAAAAACAAAAAGAAAUUUAAGAAAAUAUCUAACUCCUUAAAAUUCAAAUUGAUUCACUUAUUUUAGAAGCUGAAUAACUCAAUUUUCUCACUACUUUAUAAAGCUAAAAUUCAAAACCCUCUAAUGGAAGAUAAGAUGAAACUAUUUCUGAAAAUAGAUAUAAUAAUAUAAAAUGGAAUAAAACUAUAAGAAAAGGAAGUAGAAACGAUGAGGACAAGUAUGAAGGCUCACAAAAAGAUCUCCUUUCUACAAACUACAUGAUGUAAGGGAAUAGGACUCUAUAGAAAUUACUAGACCAUGAAAAAAUGUAAGAAACAUUUCAUGAUAAAAAAACUAAUUACAUUAACGAAUUAUUAUCGCCUAGCACAUCUAAUUAAUUUAGUGGUAUUUUAUUGUCUCCUACUAAAAUAUAUAUGCAUGAUGAUAAAACUAAAGUAUUCGAUGACGAUUAUAUCUAAAAUAUGUAUUAAGAAAGCUACUAUUCUUCUGAAAAAUAUAUAAACUACCAAUCUAAUCAAAAUAAAAAUGUAUCAAAUAUGAAAUAUUUUCAGCAUUAGAAAUCUAUUGAAACAGAAGUUUUAAAUUAAUAUUAAGAAAUCUAAGUUGAUAUGCCAAGUAUUUAACAAAUAUAAGAUAAUUAUAAUAAUAAUUUGAUAUAUUCAAAUGGCUUAGUUCAUGAUUAGUCUUAUUUUACCCCAAACUAAGGUAUGAAAAGAUUUAACUAUCCUGAUAUUACCCCUCACUUAAUUGGAAAUGAAGAAAUUAAUACCUUUUAGAACCGAUAAUAAAUAUUUUUUACUAAAAAAUCACAAUUUAAUAAUUAAGAUGGUUCAGAUUUUUCUGAUGCAUGGAGCAAAUAAAGUAACAGCUUUGAUACUGAUGAUAGUGAUUUAGAUAACAAGCGGUCAAGAAGAACUCAUGUAACUUAAAAAACAGGUUCUAAUCAAUAACUUACUUACUAAUCAUUAAAACAUAUUUACAACUCAGUAUUAAAAAAAUAAAGAAAUGUUGGAUUGCAAAUUUUAAAUAUUUUCGGAAUAGCUUCUCUACUGCUUAUAAUAGGUUUAAUAUCAGUAGACUUUGUGCUUAUCAUAUAAACCUUCUAAAAAGCUAAAAUAGAUUACUAAUUUAUAACUUGGCCUAUGGAUUUGCAAUCUUUGCUAUCUUAAAUUAUGUAUAGAGUUUAUAUUAUUGGUAUUAAUGAUUAAAAAAUUAUACCAGCAUUAGUAAAAGCAUGGCCUUAAUAUUAUUAAGAAAACAUUGAUUUCAUACAUCAAAAUCAAGCUGAAGUAAUAAAAAUGUAUGAUAAUCAAUAAAAUGGUGAUUUUCAAAUUGCUUCCUACUUUGAAAAAUUAGCAGAUACAGAUGAUACUUUCAUAUUAAAAAAAGAUUUCUCAAGUUACAAAGGCAUGAAUUUUACAGUCUAAACUAAACAAUAAUAUUUCAUUUUGUAUUAUAUAAUAACACACUACCUUUUCUCACAGAAAAUAUACAAUGCUUACAAUCCUUUAGGGACAAUAUUUGACAACUUUGAUAAUUAUAAUUAAAUUAUAACAUAACUAUAAGGUGAUAUUUAUGAAAGUUCUGUGGAUUCUUUAAACCAAAUAUUAGAAAAUACUAAACUCUUGAUGAUAAUAUGCAUCAUAUUAGCUUUAUUGAUAAUAUGUGCAGUCAUACCUUUGAAUGCAAUUAUUCAAACUUAGAGAGAAAUAGUUUUAAAAUUAUUUGCUACUAUGCAAUCAUAAGAUAUUUAAAACAUGGAAAACGCUUGUCUAAAUUCUUUGCAAGCUAAAGAAAGAAAUUAAACAAAAAAGAGAAUUUAGUCAACUUAGACGCUAAUCGGUUAAGUAAGUUAACAUGAUUUAUCAUAUAAAAAGAUCCCAAUCUCAUCAACAAAAAUCUCAAUAGGAUAAAAUUUUUUUUCAAGUAAAAAUCCAACAGCUUCUAAUGAAAAAAAGAUGAUUUAAACAAUUAAGCCUUAAUAAGAUUUAAACACCUUCAAAAACGCACAAAAAGAUGGAAAGAAAAAAAAUAUUUCUAUUAUUUCUUCUCUACCAAAGUUUUCUUUGCACAUUCUGAUAUUUGGGAUAAUCGGAUUUCUUUCUAUCGUUUCAUAGCCUAUUAUCAAUUACUUUUUAAUUAAAAAUUUUAUAUCUGAUGGAGAUUUUAACAUUCAAAUGCUAAGUAUUCUAUCUUCAGUUAAAUCUUAGUUUUGUGGUACCAUAUUCUUUUCUUAUGCAAACGUUUACGUAAAAUAAUCUAUUCCUACGUCUUUAGUUUACAAUAAAAGAUUUUUUGAUUCUCGUAUUCCAGAUGUGCUUACUAAUAAUGAUAAAAUUUUGAAGGAUUUAUACAUGGCAGAAUCUGAAUCGAGUUCGAAAGUUAGAUAUAAUAAUAAUGAAUAUGAGGACUUUUUUUAUUAAAUUUUGAAAGGCGAUGUUUGUGAUGUUUUUGAUCGUAAUUCAUAAUAUAUUGAUAGUUAGAAAUAUAAUUUUAAUUCAACUAAAUGUAACAAUUUAUAAAGUGAAAUACUUAAAUAAGGAUUCUUAGUUUCUGCUAAAUACUUUUUAGAUCUAUUUAAGGAACUUUUUGAAAUAACUAGUGUUGAGGAUUAUGAUUAGAGACAAACUCUUCUUGUAACAUGGGAGGAUUAGUACAAGAUAAAAAAACUCUCGUAAUUUACAGAUUUAAUGAUUACAAUCAUAUCAGUCCUUAGUGAUUUUAUAACUACAUAAGGUCUUUAAUUUUUAAAUUUUAACAUGAGAUUGUAAAUUACAUUAGCUAUCACCUAAGUAGUGACAUUAAUCCUAGCAUUUUACUUUGGUUGGAUGACUUUUUAUAACUCUACACAUAAGUAAAUGAAUGAUACAGUCUAAUUGCUUAGCUUGAUAGAUAUAAAUGUCUUGGCUACUAAUUCUUACACAUCAAGCUAUCUUAAUUCAAGGAAAUGAUCAGAA